AAUUUUGAAAUAUUUUGGUUAGGUUCUUAAUUAUUCUAUCACACUAGCACUUGGAGUGAGUUUUCUGUCUUAUGCGAUUGAGGUAAGUAAAUUAUGGUAAUGCCCUUCGAUUUCAAAGUAGAAGCAUAUUUUGAAUUGUUUUUGAGAUGGUGGCAAGGUUUAAAUUGAUUUUAUUAACACCUGAGUAUGAUUAGAAUGGAAAUGAAAAUUGUUAUUAUUUUUGUGGUUGAGCAUGCCCACAUGGAAUUUUUUCGGUUUAUUUUUGAAAUUUGAAAUUGAUUGUGAAUUACAGAUUUUUCUGCAAAUCUUACAUGGUUUUGUCUCUAAUAUAGUCAUGAUUACUGACACCCGUUGGUGGGAGUUUGCAAAUGCUAGCACAUGUCAACAUGUAUGCCAAUAGGAUUGGUUCAUUCUGUACUCCUGCCAAUGAGAUAAUACAUCGGUUAUUACUAACGCCUGCUAGUGGGAGUUUGUUAGACACUAGCAAUGACUCAUAGAUGAGAUUACUAUUGAAUUUUAUUCUGCAUUAACGGUUUAUCAUUGAACGUUUUGUUAUGUUAAAUUGUUUAUCAAGCAUGCUUAAAUUUUACUCACGAGUUAUCCAUAUUUUUAUUUACUGAGAUAUCUUAUCUCAUAGUUUUUCUUAUCCACCAUUUCAAGAAGUGAGACCCGAGGCACGAUUAACCAGGAGGAGUGACGAGCUAGAAGGCUAGUUAGUAUUUUGGAUUUAGAUCCUUUUUGGACUUAAGCUGUUAGCCACACAUGCUUGACAUAGAUGUGAAAUGAUAAAUCAUUUUUUUGUAUAUUGGGUUUCCCUUGGUUAUAGUCAUGACUGUCUUAUAAACUUUUAUACAUCUUGACUAGUAAAGUUUUGGUAAUUGUAGGAUAGAUAUUAACUGAGUUUUUUUAUUUAAAUUAUGUAAAUUGGUAAUUAUGAAUACAGUAGAUUCAGAGCCUUAUGCAUUUGUGGGAUCCAUUCAAGAGUGCACCGCAUCUAUUUUCCUC